CUUAUAUAACCACAUGUAAUCAUAAGCUGUUGCUGUGACAAAGAAGAGAAAACAAAAACAGAAAUAAAAACGUUCAGGAGUGACCCAGUAAAUCACAUAACGAAGUGCGCCGAUUAUUCAUCAAAGCUGCGCUUCUGUGCAAAGCAACUUUAUGACCUACUUUGAAUCGCAUCGGUCUCCAGUGUGUUGGCAGAGAUUAAUCAUUCCUGCUAGUAGAUCAGCCUUUGUUGGGCUCUAACAGUGUGUCAGAUAAGUGGUGUUUCAAGAAAAGCACCUCCCUGAGUAUUUCAUAGUUGCAGUUGGUCCAGGAUUGAGUUACAGCACAUUACAGGGGGGCGGAGGAGACACAAGUGUGCGCACUGCUGCAGGCGCACUUCGGACGCGGUGCGCUCUUCUGAGGAGUCGAACUGGAAGACAAUUGAAACUGAAUGUGGACUUUAAAACACUUCCAUUGGGAUUUUUACACUCAGAAAUUCACUUUUCUACUGCUGUUUAAGUGCGGUGGGUUCCCGUGAGGGUUCAGGGUAAAGUGUAGCCCCCCCGACCCGUGCAGCUGGAGCCCCAUCCCCGCUCACCAUGAGUGUGUGCAGCGCCUCGUACCUGCGGAGGUGGCCGCUGAAGGCUCUGUUAUUCCUGGCUGCUGUGCUGCCGUCGAGCGCCGACUGUCCCAAAUCAUGCGCCUGCUAUGUUCCCACUGAAGUGCACUGCACCUUCAGAUACCUGACCGCGGUACCUGACCACAUCCAGACAGCUGUGGAAAGAAUUAACCUCGGGUACAACAGCAUAACUGUCCUGAGAGAAAAUGAUCUUUCGGGGCUUGAGAACUUGGAGUUAUUGAUGCUGCAUAGCAACACUAUACAUAGUAUUGAAGACCGAGCCUUCCAAGACCUGAAGUCAUUACAGGUCCUGAAGAUGUCAUACAAUAAAGUGAAGGAAAUCAACAAAGAGACAUUCAAAGGCCUGACUAGUCUGCUGAGACUCCAUAUUGACCACAACCACAUUGACUUUAUCAGCCCAGAGGCUUUCUAUGGCCUGACUAAUUUACAACUUGUCCAUCUGGAGGGUAACCACCUCCAGCAACUCCACCCAGACACAUUCAUCACACUCAGACACAGCCAAGUUUUCAAGGUAUCCUCGGUAAGAAACAUCCACCUGUCAGACAACUUCCUGACCACUCUGCCUGCAGAUAUUUUCUCUGGCUGCAGUGAGUUAGAGAACGUCUUCCUCCAUGGCAACCCAUGGACAUGCGAUUGCCAUAUGAAGUGGUUCUCGGUGUGGGCGCAACGGAACGUAGGUGUGCUGAAAUGCAAGCGAGACAGAAGAGGCCAGCUGUGUCCCGUUUGUGAAAAUCCUGCUCCUUACCACAACAAGCCUCUUGCCCUUGUUCACAAUGAUGUCUUUAGCUGUGCCAAACCUUGGAUAAAACCCCAUCUAAAGCAAAAAAACAUCAGCUUGGAUGAGGGAAACUUCACUCCAGUUUCCCCCAAGGACUUUAUUGCCCCGUUAGGCUCCAUACAUAUGAACUUGACUGACCAGUUUCACAAUGAUGCCAGUCUAUCCUGCACUGUCCAGAGGCCCACUUCAUUUGAGAACCUGACACAAACCUUGGAGGUGGAAGAGGGAAACAAUGUCACUGCACUUACAGCUGGCGUAACUACUUAUCUGGUGUGUAACAUUGACCAUGAACACAUGCACGAGCUGUGGCAGAUCCUGGCCACCUACAGUGACACUCCUAUGAUACUAGAAAGAGGUUUGAUGCUGGCCAGAAAUCCAGAAAUGGUGUACAGGUAUAGUCAGGUGAAAACAAGUAACAGAGAGGAAGGGAUUAACACAGGUAUUAAGGCUGAUGUUAAAGCCUCCCCAGCAUGGUUAAUGCAAGGGGAGAUGAGUUUCCAACUUGACCGCACUACUACCACCUUUUCUACUCUGCACAUUAAGUACCAGUCUGUUGUCAACCUACGUGUGGAAAACACAUUGUCUAAAAAGGGCCGCUAUUCCUGGACUAUGAUCAAGAGAGAUAAUCAAACCAAGACUGAGCACACUGUACUUACAGGUGGUGUGGCACAGCUGAGCUGCCAAAUCCAGGGUGAGCCAAAGCCUCUGUUGGAGUGGAUUUUACCAGAUGGAAGUAAGGUUAGGGCUCCAUUUUCCAGUGAAGACAGGAGGAUCAUAAUCACUGCUGAAGGGAAGCUUACUCUUAGGGGUGCAGAUCCCUCUGACACAGGCCUCUACUGGUGCAUUGCCACAAACUACCUGGAUGCAGACAUACUCACCUUUCGAGUAACGGUUCUAUCCCCUGAUGUAGAAGAGACUGAGGUCAAUGGUGUCCAACUCUCAAGGCCACUAGGUGAUAACCUGGUGUUUGACUGUAGCUCAUCAGGGAGUCCUAAGGCCUUGAUAUCGUGGAUUCUUCCUGACCAUUCAGUUUUGGACAAGUCUUAUGGGAACCGAAAGGUUUAUGAAAAUGGAACACUGCUGAUUCAAGGUCUCACAGCAAGGGAUCGAGGAUUUUACAGAUGUUUGGUUUCCAAUUACUUGGGAGUUGACCUUCUUGUGUCUCAAGUGACAGUUACUGAAGAACAGCCUGAGAGCACUACAGGUUUGGACAGUGAAGGAUCAGGGAUGGUGGCAGAGGUCGAGAUGGAUUCUAGUCUGAUAGAAAACACAGUCCCUCUCAAUGAGAUCCCCUCCUCCAGUCCUGCUGAUAGAACUAGUCAAGAAUCCAGGACAGUCACCUCAGACCGACCUUACCCAAGACACAGAUCACAGGGCAGAAGUAGACUGGGUCAGAGAAGGAGGGGGCCAGUUCGCAACAGACACGCAUGGAGUAACAGGGCCUUUGAUAAAGCUUCCCGGAAAGUAGACCCACAAAGAUUUGCUGAAUUUGUUAAAAAGGCUCAAGAUGGAGCAAGAUCUAAAUCUGGCACAGAGAAUGAGAGGAACUCAAACACUGUAUUCUCUGGUGACGAUGACUUUGGUUCUGGUGAGGGUCAGGAAGACCAUCUCAUUGCUGUUCCAAGGAUACUCAAAACAACUACAGAUAAUCCACAUAGAAUAUUUGGUCAAGACAGGCAAAGUGAAACAACCACACAGAGAGGUGACAGAGAUAUUUUAGCAGAUAAAAAUAAAAUUGUGGACAUAGAAAAUACAUUCAGCAAACAUCAUUUAAGUAAAACUGAAAAGACUAAAUCACCAACAACAGAAUCAUAUAUCCAAUCAGACUCUACACCAGUGUCUAUUUUUACAGAAGUUCCAAGUUUUGAUUCCUUUGAAAUGGCCAGCAAGGCCUCCUCAUCCAUGUACCCUGCCACUCUCCAACUUACUGUGACAGACACUUCACAAGAAACUCAACUCCAGUUUUCAGGAGAUCCUCAUAUAGAGCCAGAAACAUCAACAGGGGCUGCAAUUUCCUUAACUACUGACCCGAAUGUUACUCCAAUGAGAGAUGGAACAGGGCCAGUGGAGCUGGUCAUCCACCCUGAAAGUCAGACCACGUUCACAGCAGUCACCACCACAGAAAGACAGCAAGACGAAAUCACUUUUCACACAACUCAGACAAUAAAAUCUCCACGUCUGCCUGCAGGAUCUACCAUCAUAUCUCAACAGCAGGUCCAUAUCAUCCCACGCAAGAACAGCAGAGGAGGGGGUGGUAGGAGGAUCCUCCAAGGCCGCAGGAGGAUCAUUAAACCCAACAGGAUCACUGAUAUACAGUCCUUCAUCAAUAAGCUUAAACAGCCGACUAUGAGGAAGGAGGGGAAUACAUCUGUUCCAUAUAAAAUUGAACUGACCACAGACUGUAACUGUGAUGAAGGCCAAAAGAAGACAGUGAUCACUAAUAUGCAAGUGGUCACACCCCCAGCUUCCUCCAGUCCAUCUGUACACAAACCAGAGGGACCUGACUCUACCCCAAAAACUGCAGUUUCGUCCACAAACAAUGACGUUAGUUCAGUUGCUCCCAUCAUCCAUACUGUGUCAAGAUCAGAAGUUUCCAGUGACUACAUCACGUCAGCCGAUGCCCCUGAGUUUGAUCCUACAAUUGCUCCAUUUUCGACCACAAAUACAGAAACGUUAAUCUCCACCACGACCACCACUACAGUCGCUUCUAAGGUUAUACGUGGAAGGAUUCCAUGGAACAGACUGUUUGGAGGCAAAGAAAAGGCAAGGAUACUCCACAGGCUGAGGAGGCCAUUAAUUACCUCAAAAACUUCAACCACAGCAGAAACUACAACUGUGACCCCAACCACAACACCUGCUGCUUUGCCCACCACCACUGCAAACUCACUGGUUGAACCUGAGUCUCAGUUGCCAUCCAGACACACACAGAGCAAAGAGAGUUCAUUUGAUAAUGACUAUGGCGGAUCCUCUGCAGAUUUUGAGUUCACGACCCUGCGGCCCAGCUUUCAUCAUAUAACUACUACAAUUUCCUCUGACUCAAUGUCUUUCACCACUGCUGAGACACCAUCAGAAUUACAGACUCUACCCUCCCCACCUACGGUCAAACCACAAUCAGUUGGAAAUCCUGAUGAAGUAUUAUCAGGCUCUGGGGGACUACCUGAUAAUUUGCUUGUAAUCAGACAAAGGCCUGGUGUAACAAGAGGGCGGCAAGGGCGAAGAAGAAGGCCCUUUAGAGGCAGGAGACCCUUCAGGAAACCUGGAAUCAAUAUGCCACAUACUACUACCACAACUGAAGCUUCAACAACUAUGGAAACUACAGUGAAGGCAACCACGCAACCUCAGCUGUUUUUUUCUUCCUACAAUCCUCUGUACACACCAUCUACAAAAGAGGUCAUACCCACAGUGCCCAUUUCCAGUGACCAAAAAUCAAAGGAGACCGACUCAUAUGAAGCAUUUGACUGGACAUCUAGCAGUUCCUCCACCUAUAUUACCACCAAAACACCUCCAAUAAUCUCGGCCACCUACAAUCCUAUGUUUACAUUGAUGCGAACUACACCAAAUGUGCCUUACACAACAGGUCAGACCAGAUAUCACAGCAACAUCAGACCACCAACCCAGGAAAACAAAGGGGACAAAAUGACAGUACUCACAGCCAAGCAAGGGCACAAUACCAACAUCCCUGAUCCAUACAGCAAGGACAUACACAACUCUAUUUCUCCUAUUUCUGUUCAUAUUACUGGCUCUGAAUCUGCCACUGUGAAUAUUGCUGACUUUGAACCCACUACAAAGACAGCGAUGACAAGCAAACCUAAAAUAGUUGGGGGAAAUGCAGCUAGCUUUACAGUCUUGUCUAACUCGGAUGCUUUCCUCCCAUGUGAGGCUGUUGGACACCCGCCACCAGUUAUAACUUGGAAACGCUUCUCCUCAAGUACAGGAAGAACCAUUACCAUUUAUGGGAAGAUGGGAAAGUUUGAGGUGUUGAGCAAUGGCACACUCUCCAUCCAGAAUGCCAACACCAUGGACCGUGGCCAGUACCUUUGUCUAGCAGAGAAUGAUCAUGGAUCAGAUAAACUUAUUGUCACCCUUUCUGUGGUGGCCUACCCCUCACGCAUUCUUGAACCAAAAGUGCGUGACAUUAAAUCUCAUUCAGGAAACAGAGUGGAGAUGAAAUGUAAAGCAGAGGGACGACCCAUGCCCAUGAUAUCUUGGAUCUUGGCCAACAGGACCCAAGUCAGGGGUCAAAACACAGACAUAGGAAGAGUAUCUGUAUCUGCUGAGGGGACUCUGGUUAUUCAACAAGUGUCUGUUUAUGACAGAGGUCAUUACAAAUGCAUCGCAAGUAAUCCAGCUGGAGCUGACACUGCCACAGUUCGACUGCAGGUGGUGGCAGCUCCACCAGGCAUCACUGAGGACAAACGACAGCAGCUGAAAGCUAGUCUAAGUCAAGACUUGUGGAUUCCCUGCACUGGCCACGGCACCCCUCAGCCUACUAUUCACUGGGUCCUCCAAGAUGGGUCAACAGUACAAUCAAACAGACCUACCAGGGAUGCAAGAAUAUCAGUUUAUGAGAAUGGGACGCUCUAUAUUAAGGAAGUUACUCUAGCAGAGAGUGGUAAAUAUGAAUGUAUUGCUACCAGCUCUACUGGUUCAGAGCGACGGGUGGUGACUCUGACAGUAGAGAAGCGAGAGACUGCACCUCAGAUAGUGGAGAAAUCCCAGCGCAUGACAGAUUUGUCUUUUGGAGAUCAGCUGAGGCUUGACUGUUCAGCAAUAGGAGAUCCUCAACCUAGGAUUGUCUGGAGACUACCUUCCAAAGCUUUGGUGGACCAGUGGCACAGAAUGGGCAACAGAAUUCAGGUCCUGGAUAAUGGUACUCUUAUCAUUGACAAUGUGAGUAAUAAAGAUUCUGGAGACUAUCUGUGUGUGGCACGAAGCAAGAUUGGUGAUGAUAUCCAGCUGAUGAAGGUCAGUGUAUCAAUGAAGCCAGCCAAAAUAGAGCCUAAGCUCUAUGAAAAGAAGAAGGUACCCUAUGGGAACGACUUUAAAGUGGACUGUAAAGCCUCAGGAUCACCAAAGCCAGAGAUCUCUUGGGGACUACCAGAUGGUACAGUGGUCAACAGUGCUCUCCAGUCUGAUGCAAGCAGUGGAGGCAGACGAACACGCCGCUAUACUCUGUUUGACAAUGGAACUCUUUACCUAAACCAGGUUGGCAUGUCAGAGGAAGGGGACUACACCUGCUAUGCUGAGAACCAAGUGGGAAAGGAUGAAAUGCAUGUACACAUCACUGUUGUGACAGCUGCCCCCAGAAUACGUGCACACAGCCAGACUUACGCCAGGGUGAGGCCUGGAGACAACAUCCGCUUUGACUGUGAAGCACUUGGAGAACCCAAACCUAAGAUCUUGUGGAUGCUUCCAACCAAUGAUGUAAUAGCUGCAUCAAAUGAGCGGUACUUAAUGCAUGUGAAUGGCUCUCUAGAUAUCAGGGAUGUGAAGAUGACUGAUGCAGGGGAAUACAUGUGUAUGGCUCGCAACCCUGGUGGAGAAGACAGUAAAGUUUAUAAGCUUGACAUAGAUGGAAAUCCACCAGUGAUCAAUGGCUACCGGCAGAACAGAACUGUAAUCAAAGAUGUAGCCCCUAAAUUCUCCAGGAAACUAAUCGACUGCAAGGCAGAGGGUAAUCCCACUCCCACCAUCACUUGGAUUAUGCCUGAUAACAUCUUUCUGACAGCACCCUACUUUGGCAGCAGGAUUAAUGUCCACCACAAUGGGACACUUGAGAUACGGAAUGUCCGUCCCUCUGAUACAGCAGAGUUCAUUUGCAUGGCAAGAAAUGAUGGUGGAGAGGCAGUAAUGGUGGUGCAGCUGGAGGUUAGUAGCAUGCUUCGAAGGCCAAUCUUUAAGAACCCUUUCAAUGAACGUAUUGUGUCUCGGGCUGGGAAAUCCACAGUUCUGAACUGUUCUGCUGAUGGGAAUCCAGUACCUGAGAUAAUUUGGACAUUGCCUAAUGGAACACGAUUAACUGGAGGAAAUUCUCGAUUUACUCCUGGAUCUCACCACCACAUUAUCAACGAUGGGACUUUAAUCAUCUACAAUCCUCGCAAAGAAGAUGCUGGCAAGUACCGCUGUGGUGCGAAAAAUUUCAAGGGCUACAUAGAGAAGCUUAUAAUUUUGGAUGUUGGGCAAAAGCCUUACAUCUUGACAAGGCCCAGAGGUAUUAUACGCUCCGUGUCUGGGGAACCCCUCUUCCUUCACUGUCUUUCUGAUGGGAGUCCCCAACCCAGAAUCUACUGGACCAUACCUGGUGGCCAUACAUUUACUCGACCUCAAGUUCUGGGGCGCUACCAAUUACUAGAGAAUGGUACUCUAGUUGUUAGGGACACUACUUUGCAUGACAGAGGGAACUACAUCUGCAGGGCUCAAAAUGAUGCUGGCGAGGCCAUGCUCACUGUCCCUGUUAUUAUCAUUGGUUACCCUCCACGGAUCACAGCAGGGCCACCUCCCAGCAUGAGGGCAGUGAAAGGGACACCCAUACAGCUCAGCUGUACUGCCUUUGGAAUCCCCAAGCCAGAGAUUACCUGGGAGCUUCCCGAUCAAUCAGUUCUGUCAGCAGCAGACAAGGGACGGCCUAUGGGUAGUGAGCUGCUCCACCCCCAGGGCACUCUUAUCAUCCAAAAGCCUACAGCCUCAGACUCUGGAACAUACAAAUGCUUGGCCAAGAACCACCUAGGUACAGAUUCAAAGGUCUCAUAUGUACUUGUACUGUGAGAGAAAAAAAAAAAAAAUGCUAUCUCACAUGUGGAUUUUUGAGGAUCAUGGCUUCUGGACUAUUAAUAAAAAGGAGUCACAGGCGUGGACUAAAAAAGUAACCGGAUGAGGAAGUUAAAGAAGAUAGACGUUUAAAGGGGAAAUUAUUAUUAUUAUUGCUAUAACUGUAAAACCUAAAGGCUAAAAAGUUGUAAAUGUAACUUAACAGUAGCAGCCUGAAGAUUCAUUGGUGGUUCUCAUUUGGGGUGGUUCUCAUGGGAGCAAAAAGCCCAGUGCCUAGAGCAAAACUCUGACCAUGUGUUAGGAGUAGUAUCACAGACAUAGCUACACUUAACGCUCAAGUAAAAAAGUGAAGCAUAUUGAAAGAAAGAAAAUGAAGAUUCCUAAGAAGGUUUUAAGUCCCUUCAGAGAUUUUAGUAAAAAGGCAACACCCAGAGUGUUUAUUAAGAAUAUUUCAAGGGCAAGUCAUUGAAUUUCACAGUUGGAAUAAUAAUAAUAAAAAAAAAUAUAUGAGGCCUGUCUUACACUGGAUACAUAUCUGCAUAGAUAGUACAGUGCUUUCAGAAUCACAUGAAAUUUCCUUAUUUUCCUUUUUACAUGUUCAUGAGUCCACUUGCAGCACAAUAAAAAAUAACACUAUCAAAAUAUUGUGUUGUACACAAGAAUUUACAGUAAUGUUAUACAUUAUGCUAAUCUGUGAUAAUACAGUAUAUCUAUUUGUAGUAUCUACUUUAUCUAGGGUAUGGGAGAAAAAUGAAACUAAAACAUGGCUCUUGUCAUUUUAGUGUUUCAUUUGAUACGUGCAAAAGCUUUAAAAUGAUUCAGGUUUUAUAUUUCUGACACACAGUAUUUCAACCAUAGAAAAAAAAUCUGUUAGUACUAGUGGGCCAAUAAAAUGCUGCAGUAAAGGUCAUUUGAAUUAUCCAGUUGUACCUCACCUAAGGAGGAAGUUAUGGCUCUGGCUGCAGGAGAAAUCUUCCAGACAUACACAGUUUUAACUUUCCAGCUGUGAAAAUAGUUCUUUACCCAGCUCCUCAGUGUGCUGGACCCACAGGGGAGCCUUUGAUUUUUGUAUGUGAUUGUGUGCUGAUUUCAUUACCCUCCUGCACACUGAAGUGAAACGUGAGGGAGGAAACAGAAGAGGGAAAGAAAGAUGUAUAUUUUUAUAAUAUAUAUGUACCGUAUAUAUAUAUAUAUCUAUGUAAUUGAUAUGAGCUGAUGUUUCUUUUUCAAAUAUAAUAUUUUAAGAAAAGACAAAAUGCAAGCAAACUUACUAACCACACUAGGCGAGUGUCAGCAGAUUUGCAUUCUUUCUUGGUCCUAAAGAAAUUGUAAAGCCAUUUUACCUUUUUUUUGUCUUCAGAGCGACAACUGGAAACAAUUUCCGAAUAAAUUGCACCUACUGACUGUGGAUUGCCUAUAAUGAUGCACAUUUAAAACAGGCAAAAGAAAAUAUUAUAUGUAUGUAAUGCUGACUUUUUGUACUGAGGUAUGUUUUUUGUUUUUGGUUUCUUUGUUUUGUUUUUUUCAUGUAAGCCAUUGGUCAUACUUUAAGUUAUCUCUGAUAAUCUAACAACCAUUAAAAAGGACAUCAUUAAUUAACAUUUCACUUCCAGUACCCAGAGGCAUUUUAAUGGAAACUGCAGAAAAAGUUCACCGGUGAGCUGUCAAACGUGUAUGUUUCAAUAAAUCAGUUUUUGAGAUCUCAGAAAAAAAAAA